AUGAAAGUUACAACACAUCCUCAAAUCGAUGACUUCUCAGCCACGAGAAAGGAGUACAACAACAGUAUUCUGAUGAUCCAGUCAGUUAAAGUGUCCCAUUCUACCCAAAGUGAGAACUGAUCCACACAGCCUGUACAAAAACGUUGUGGUUUAAAUCAAGCUGUGAAUUAAUUAAAGUAAAUGACAUAAUCAGAGGAACAGUUUGAAACGACACAACCCAGCUCAUGCUGUUUCACCUCUCAUCUUCCUAAUUGACUAUAUGACCAAAUCGUACUUGUGAAAUCACUUCGAUUUUUAAUGAUAAUUAAUUUUUCAUAUACAUAUUGUUCAACGUUAUUUACAUUUUAGAACAUGUAGCUUUUGAUUUACCCAAUUCUUAACCACAUAUUCACUGAACAUGGACUGUGGUAUAAUAAUACACUCUCUUUUUUGGGGUAAGUGGUUCAUCUAACCUGUAUCCAAAUAUUUGAAUGGAUUAACUCUACUGUGAGUUUUUUAGUGAUCCACUUCUGUUUUCAUUGGCUGCUUCAGGGCAGAAGCUGCACCAAGACCAGAUAUCAGAGAGUAGGAGAGAGAGACAGAAUGUCUCCUUCAGCUACAAAGUUACUGGUCGAUGUAGCUUGAACCUUGUCCUCUGGUACCAGCAGAGAGAGGGUGAGUCCUUUGCUUUGAUUCUAUACAUUGAUUUUGAUGACAAUUCUGUCACCCUUGAUACCUCUCAUCCUCAGAGAGCAGAUUUUUCAGUUGGGACCUGAAGAUCCAGUCAGUUAAAGUGUCCCAUUCUGCCAUCUACUACUGUCCCUGCUAUCGGGAUUUGGGAACCCACAGUAAGAACUGAUCCACACAGUCUGUACAAAAACUCUGUGGUUUUAAUCACGCUGUGAAUUCAUGAAAAAGUUUAUUCACAACAGGAAGUGACAUAAUCAGAGGUUGGUGCAGAGUGUGCAAAGUUAAAUGCAAUUCUAAAAGGCAUUCCAAAUACAUCGGUGAGAUGUCUUGCCAAUGAGCAAACAGUGAUUAAACUGCAUCUUCCUGAUGUGUCCUGUAUACAUUGUGUCUACAUUUGGUAGAGGUGUGUGUGCUAUCUGGGUAUAUUGUGAAUAUAGGAUGGCUAAGGGGGUGUUCUUAGACACGGAGGAAGCAGAGUUGAAAUGUCCAGUGAUAGGUGGUCCUGGCUGACGAUACGCCCAUGGAUCAGCAGUAUUGAUUGUAUUUCAGGUACUUAACACAGAUCAUAAGCAGAAUCUACCGUGCAUCCAAAACAGAUAAGUGAAGGUGCUGGAGGCAAAAUGCAAAACUGGAAUAACAGGAAAAAGUCUCUGCACACUUCCAGUCAGAUGCACAUUUAUUUUAAUAGUAGCUGAGCUUACGGUCAGUCAACCUUCAUCAGAGCCCUACACAGGAUGUUUCCUACCCAGAGUCAGUGGCAAUUUACAUAAUUUUUUUAUCAUUAUGAUGUUUUUAAGUCAACUUUUACUUUUAGAAAUCUGCAGUAGGCUUCAUGUUCCAACUCAUUCUUUGUGUGUAUGUGUGUGUGUGUGUGUGUGUGUGUGCGUACGUACGUACGUUCAUUGACUGUAAAGGGAUGAUUGGUCUGUUGAUAACCUUGGAAAUUAUACAUAGAGAACUAUGUAACUAUCUAUUAUGGCAUGUGACAUUUUUUUAAAAGCAUGAGAAAUUCUGUUAAGUGGUCUACCUUUGUACAGUAAGCACGAAACCUUUCAAGACACAAUGCAGACUUUUUUUGACAAGGGAAUUUUCACUGUGCACCUCAUUAAAAGUAUUUGUCUCUGGAAACGAAACUUUAUGUGACAGGUAAGAGAUCAAUUGAGCAAACAAUAGUCAUUAUAAAUAAUUUAUAAUGGAUCUAUGUCUAAUCAGUUUCCAAAAGUAUUGAGAAAUCCUCCUGGAGUAUCGCUCGGCAAGGAUGCACUAUUCAUGAUCAACCCAUGUUAGAAAAUUACAGAAAUAUUAUGAAUUUGAAGUUUGUUAAUAGCCUGUACAAUUGAUCAUUCAGAUUUCCAAGGAAGGCAAUACGCACAAUAUGUAGUUUAUUGGAUGUCUUUAAUGAUAUACACCCUCAGUUAAAUGUGUGAUAUAAAUGUAAACUAAUUUGAUAUAGGGCAAGAAUCCAUGUUGAACUGUUUACUGAGCUAAGAAUUGUUUAAUUCCUCACAAAGUUAUGAUUUUAAUGUUAUUGAAAUAAGAUAUUCCAUAAAGGAUAGUUGUUAUAAUAUUUUUUUAAUGAGUUUUUACAUGAGUUGGUAGUUUAUUUAUGUAUGUAAUUACGAUUAAUCUUGACAACAGUCUACAUCUAAAGUCUGAAUGUUUCCAGACUUAGUCAAGAUCUCCUGGAAGCUGGAGGAUGAAAAUGGCCUAACAGUGGAGGUGCCCAAAGCAGAGAGGGAAGAGCUGGAGCAGAGGGAGGAAGGACAGACGGACAGAGUGAUCAUCAUUGAUAAAGGGAAUACCUACACAAACAAAUACAGCUGUUCUGUGAACCAUGAAGGGGGCACUCAAGAUGUAUUAUUUUAGUAUGUAUUUUCAUUUUCAUACAUCAUUAUUUGUGUAAUAUCAAUUUGUUUAUGUAUUCAUCCAUCUUAAUGUAACGUGGGGGAUGUAACAGGGUGAAGAUUACCCUGUUACAUAAAGAUGGCAUAUCACCUAUGCAAAGUAAAAAGGAAAGUACAUAAACAUUUGAUUCACACUUUAAUUGCAUAGGAAUGUUGUUGAGUUGGUUUAGCAAGUUUAAACAAACUAUUAUCCCUGACAGUGCAUAAUGCUAUGAAAGUAUACUGAACUAUCCUUCCUUCCAUCUUAUUCUCAGAGGAACCAACUGAAGCUCCUCCAACCAACAUGGCUGCAGCAACCUGUCCACCCAGAAAUGACACAGGAGCCACUGACUCUGCAGGUUACCAAU